AUUUGAGAUCAAAUAACGUUUUAUUUAAUUUUUUCGUACAUGGAAAAAUGCAGCUGGGAAACUCCUUUCCUCCCCUUCCUUUGUAAACGUGAGACUGUGCUUUAACCUUUUCAAUCCACUAACAUACAUUUUUAUUCUGAAUAAAUACUUUCUAAAAGUAUUUAUACCUGCUGUGGCUUUCUUUUUUAAUUAGUAAUCAUGGUUACACAGGUCGAAAAGUUUGGACCUUCAGCGGAUCGGUACUAGAACUUGUAGCAGUUGCAGUAGCCUCACGAUCAAAGCCCCUCUCUCUCUCUCUCUCUCUCUCUCUGUGCAUAAGUACUAACUUCAGUUGCUGAAACCUCUCGUAGUCCGAAAGAUUAUCAUCUCACAUUCUGAUUUACCCGUAAAUUAAAUAGAUCUUCCGUAGCUUUGGAUAAGUACAAAAAUUUUGCAUUAUUCACCAAGGCCAAAUUUGCCGACCAUAAGCAUUUUUCUUAAUCAAAUAUCCACCGCCACCACGUUUUCCCAGCUGACCUUAUGGGCAUGUUGGGCCUCCGAGACCUUGUUCUCAUUGCUCCAACCUCUUCCAUGCACCAACCAAACCAACCCAUUUCUGCUGAUCACCACCCUAACCUUCAUCUACCUUCCUCAGCCGCCCUUGGUGUAGGUCUCGGCAUUUUCCCGCUUUUAACUGCCACUCCAUGCAUCACACCCUCAAACAAUGGCGUCCAAGACUGCGGCAACUCUAAUAACCCCAACUGUUGGACUCUAAAGAAAGGCCAAGAACUGAGUUCCUCAAACAAAGGUGGGCUUGACGUCGAAAAUGAUGCUUCUGAGCAGAUGUUCGAGAGUAGUGGGAGUGGAAUGAGGGUUUGCAGGGAUUGUGGGAACAAGGCCAAGAAGGAUUGUAGUUAUAGGAGGUGCAGGACUUGCUGUAAGAGCCGUGGUAAUGAUUGUGCUACCCACGUGAGGAGCACGUGGGUUCCGGCAGCUCGGCGGCGGGAUCGGAGGAUGUCGGUGGUGGGCGGUGAUGGUGAUGCUUCUUCCGGAUCUUCCUCUGGGGUUAAAAGGCCAAGAAUUGAGGUGUCACCUCCUAAUGUUAAUGCUACAUCUCAUGCUUCAACAUCUAAUGCUACCACUCCUAGGAGUACCGGCAUUAGCUCUAGCCACCAAGAUGCAAGUUUUAAACAUUCCUUACCGCGCCAAGUCCGCGCACCGGCGGUAUUCAGGUGUCACAGAGUCACAGCCGUGAGUAGUGGUGAAGCCGAGAUUGUCUACCAGGCUACAGUGAGCAUCAGUGGUCAUGUUUUCAAAGGGUUUCUCUAUGAUCAUGGGGUUGAUGAUAAAAACUCGUUCCCUUCUGUUUCACAAAUGCAUUUGGAAAGUAGUAGUCGGGGUGGAAGGAAUAGGGAGUCCUCUUCUCCAAUUGUGGCUCCAUCAAAUGCACAUCCAGGCUCUGCCAGCUGAAGAUUGCUCAAUGGUAAGGCUAUACACUCAAUAGCUUAAAUUUCUCUCUUAUGGCCAUUGGCAGAGCAAAAUGAUUAAUCUAGCCUGAAAAAAAAAAUGCAUCAAUCUGAAGUGUUCUCCUUACUAACCUCUGGCAUUUGAAUGCCCUGCUUCCUAAGAUGUUUAACUUGUCCCAAACUUGAGUUUCCCGUACUAGCUACACUGCUUCCAAUUUGUUACUAGAUUUCUUUUUCAACGAGUUUCGACUUAGCAUUAAUUAAUUUGAAAUGGAUGGGUCGCUGUUGCUAUGUCAUUAUACAUCAAUGGAGAAAAGGAAAAGACACUGCACAUACCUCUUGUCUACAUCCACUACACAAAUGCUAAAGGCGUUACAUUAGUGCUCAUAGGUAUGUACUAGGUGUUGAAAUUUUUUGUGGGCCUUGAGUCAUUAUUCGAGGUUCUAACCAUCUGGUUGCGCAUUUUUGUUUUGAAUCUCAUGUUUUCUCACUGGACUUGUCAAACUUUUCUUAACAAGAUGUUUGUGCAUAUCAUUACUCCAAUCUUGUACUUUCAUUCGUUCUAAAACUUAGCCAAGGUUAUACUCAUUUAAUCCCCGUACUUUCCCUUUUUGUAUGGGCACACCAUUGUUUGAAUUAGAUAAAAUCUUCCAGUGCCAUGGUCCUGUGCUUAUGUGUAUGUUUUCUGCAGUAAGUAGUGUGGCGAAGAAUUCUGCAAUUGUUAGUGGGAUCUUUUGCCAUGAAUUGCUCUAACCAGUUCUGAAACGCUCAGCCAAUGGCUUUCUAGUAUUUUCACCGCCUUCGAUUGGUCUGGAAUAUUCCAAAAUCGAGAUACAAAAGAAACUUGGACAUAGCUGGGAAUCAUAAUUGCAUCAUAUUUUCAUCUUCUUUUAUUUCCCUGCAUUCUCGGACCAAAACAAUACCUAAUUAGCUACACAAGGAAGCACGAUUGUCAACAUAACUUUUGAAUUGAUGUUGCAAUGUAUCCAACUUGCUUAGGGUGCACCCUGAAGUGGGUUGAGAGUGGAUUUCCCAGCAAUCUUUAAUUGUUGGUUUUGUGGUAAUAGAGCAGUCUUUCACA